AUGAGAUUCCUCAACACCGAGACCUUGAAACUACAUCAAUUUGAUGACGCAUCUGCCUAUCCCCCAUACGCGGUCCUCUCUUAUUGCUGGUAUGCGCCCGAACACGAGCUGACCUUCAAAGACUUUGAAGAUUUAAGCAAGCACACUUCAAAACCUGGAUAUUUCAAGAUCAUCAACGCUUGUCUGGCCGCCAUUGCUCAGGGCUACGAGUGGCUUUGGGCGGACAAUGUCUGUAUCAACGCAGAAGACGCGAUCGAGAAGAACGAGACCAUGAAAAAGCUUCACUUCAUGUUUUUGAAUGCAGGGGUCCGUUUGCUAUAUAUUAGCGAGAUACCCAAUGCAAAUAUCAAGGAUGACGAUAAAGAAAUAUUUUCAUCUGAAGCUCACAAGAGUCGGUGGGCGAGUCGCGCAUGGACUUACAGCGAGUUGAUUCCAUCGCAGAAGUCGGUAUUUUAUGCCGCCGAUUGGUCUCAAUUGGACCGAGAGUUUCUGGCUAAAAACAAUACUAAUAUACUUGGAGUCAACCAAUACGAUGAAUCAAAAGGAGACAGAGAACAUUCCCUUUUUUCGUCAGACGGGCCGACUGGGGCAGAGUCACUGAGCUCGUUCACAUCCUUCAGCUCUGCUCAAAGCGUCAAUGAGGAGGAGCGCGCAACUCUCUUCAACUCAGGACGGAAUUUUCUCAUCAACCAAAACAGACCCUCUUACAAAUCGGCACCAAUAGAUUCAUUCGCUUACAGACGGGGUUUGUCUGAUGAUUCUGGUGAUGAUGAUGUAAAGAGAGGUCCCAGCGAUCCGCAAGCAAAUAGUCAAAGCGGUAUCCGUAUCCUGAUUCUCGACAACGACCAUGCCGUGAGAAAUACACUAUCACGGCUGCUAAAGCGUCUUAUCACGGCUCAAGUCACUGUUGACAGUGGCUACGUGGUGAACUUAAAGGGAUCAGGUUAUGACAUCGUUUUCGCUCGUGGGGAGGGAACUCCCCUGCUCUACAUGCCACCAAAUUACAGUCAUCGAGGGGCCGUUCGAAUAUUAAAAAAGUUCAUUACUAUGCCGAUUGCACCCUCUCAUGUUCGGAUGGUAUCAUUCGAGGAACUUGGAGAAUACCAGGUCAUCUGCGAGUCGCAGAAGCAGAAGCUCCUUGUGCAGCUUGUAUCGGCAGUAUCUGGAAAUGAGCAGGUCUACGAGAAUGACUUCACGUUGAUGUUUAGCGUCACGCUUUCGGAUGGCUCUGUCCAUGGACCAGCAAUGUCGUUCUCAGAUCUCGCUUCUCACAUCUCUCUCCAAGAGCCUAUAGCGCAAGAUCAGCUAUUGGAUCAUCCGACUAUUGAUCUUGCAACUUUGGAUCUCUUUGGUGAUCGGCAGGCCAUGGGCCACCUCCGUCCGAUGAAGGAUGCAGGGCCAGCGGACAGCUACCCUCACGACCCUGGUUCUACUAAGACCCAGAGCCCUCACGAGUAUGGUAGUGUGCAAAGCGAGGUCAUCACGAAUAGCCCACAUUCAUCAACUUUUGACUUCACAGUCCAGAGUCAUGGGACACGUCCUUCGACUGUUCCUACUUCUCUGCCGCAUAAGCCCCGAAGUCCAAAGGGGGUCUUGGCCUCUCUGCAGACAACAGAAUGCCAAGCGGAAGAAGUGGAGAAUACAUCAUCAAGUCAUCACAAAGACGAGCAGAAUCAGUGGUCUCCUCACAAUUCCGAAAAUAGCGCUGAAUUCGAUACAGCUACAACGUAUUCUUUUGACACGCUCUCUGAUGACCCCAAAUUGCAAUACUUCCAGGCCUUCAUAGAUCAACUCGCUGAGGAUGUGAGAGCGGCUACCGACGGAACAACUCUCAAAGACGUUGGGCAAGGGUUUCUCGACCAAACGCUCAGAGACUUUGCGUGGAAGCUGCAUGAGGAGUCAAUAAACCCAUUUCAACUUGAGACUUCUGUCAUAAUCCACAGAAAGAGGAGGAAUAUUGUCGACCUCCUCGACUUCCAAGUACCCGCAUUUGAAGAAGCUGAGAGCGUGUCUGGCCAGAGUCUCGGGGACUCGGAGGCAGAGAAUGGAGAAGAAACUUUCACAGUCCCUUUCAAAAAGGCCGAAGAAAUGAUCGUCGACUGGAUAAAUGACGUCAAAUCUGGAGAACCGAACGAUCUUUCACAAAUGCCCCAGUACAGACGGUUCAUCCAAGGAUCCGAGGCUUACCGAUGGCUUUUGACAAAGAUCAGCCAGCAAAGUCGGCUAUCUUCCGAAGAGCCUAGCCUGAUGGAUAGGAUCGGCACCACGAUCAGAAAUAAGUUGAAAGAAUGCAUUCCGCACCACAAAAUGAGCAGAAAGAAAGCAUCCAUCGCUUUCGAAAUGACAUACUCUGUGACAUUGGAUGUGAUUGGAAUAAUGAAACACUCCGGGAUCUCUUCCUCCUUUGACAAAGCCUUGCCCAACAUCCUUUGCUUGACAGGCAAAUGGGACGAAGCGCAAGCUACAAGUGUUGCAGAAUAUAUGGACCAAACAUGGCCCCAGUCUGGCGGUGCCAUUAUUUCCCUGUUACAAGACCUACUCUCAGACCAAGAAAGGUUUUUUAGUCAAUUUGAUGGUGUGUCUCUAAGAAGUGCUCGAUCUGGCAUUUGGACAAAGCCUGCCUGGCACCACUCGUGGGAAUUAUUCCAAUCUUUGUCUUCUAAUGGGGGCGGCUACUACGCUGUUUCUGAGGUAGGUGAACAGAUUGCUUGGUUGGCUUCGGCCUUUCAAAAGCACACCGACUUUGUGUCGAUCAGGCCAUGCGUUACCGAUGUCUCCGCCACAGCCUUUAAGAACAACAGUGGAAGGACCACUGCCGUUAUGGGAAACUGCUCCUUUUCUUUCUCCACACGCCCCGCAACCGCCUAUAACCCAAGCCAAGGCUUCUGCUGGGAACGGUUGUUUGGCUCUCUGAGCAUAGUGCGUGGCUACCCAAUACUACGACGCUCAAUGCCAAAGUCUGGCCUCGAGGUGCCUUUGCGAUAUGCAGCAUCUAUAGUGGGAUCUUCCGAGGUUGUCCAGUGGGACAAGAGACUGGUAAUAAAAGGAUUCAACAUGUUGAUGGUCGCUACACAAGUAACUGCUGAUGUCAUGGUAUGGCAUCUCCUCGUCAGUGAAAAGCCUGAGGAGAGAAUCUCAUACCUCGACCCGAGGCUCGAUCAUAUUGAUAUCAGACCUUCUGACGAAAUGUCCCUUCGGUGUAUUGAAGGCAAACGUCACAUUGUUGGAUGGUGUACUAAAGCAACAGACUUCUGUGGACAUUCUACUGCCAAUCACAUGAUCAAACCUGGCGGUCUACCGAAGGCAUCAGCAUCCAUUGUCCAACCCUUUUGGCUCCAAAGAGAGAAAGACUACCCAAGUUUUCUUAAUUGGGUCAAACUUCAACCAGUCGUUUUCUACGAUGCUGAAGAACGUCGUGCAUGGCUUGUCGACGGUGCUUCUGCCCUGCUCCAUCUCGUCCGCAUUUCACUUCACCUAGAUAUCAAUGAUCCCGAAUCAGCCUACGACUGGGUCUAUGAUCCCAGCAAGCUUAAAGACCACUGGCCAGGUGUUGGAAGUCGCCAAGCGGCACUUCAGACUUUAAAGAGUUGGGAAAACAGGGCAUUAAAUGUUUACAUUGUCAACAAGCACAUCGACCCGAAUGGUGUACCUGUUACCAAGUAUUCGACCUUCGAAGAGCGAGUAAAGACAAUUCUUCACUCGAUAGAGAAGUUGAUUGAUCGACAAGCCCAGGCGGCAUCUCAAGACGGUAUCAAGAUCUCUCAGACCUUGGACCCACGUCGGGAUGUUGUCGGUUUCGACAUCGUGGAUAUCAUUGAUCCCUCAGUUCCUAUUUACCCGCGUAUUCAGCAUCUCAACUCAUGGGGACACGGAUGGAUCGAUUUGAUACCGACUAUUGGCAUAACCGCCCUCUUCGGGCGGGGAUUUGGAGAUCUUAUAGGCGCCGAUGAACCUGAUUUGAUCUGCCCAAGCUGGAGAUCGGUUCCAGCAGGAAAAGACUAUCUUGCUGCUUCCAUAUCAACAAUGCAGAUGCUCCAUGAGAAACGUCUCCUUAGGAUGGAGCCCGGCCUCAUUGGAGGUGAACUGACUAAGAAGAUUACUUGGGUAACUGCCAAAGAAGCAUCUCUGCAUUGCAAGUGUCUCAAGAGGCAAGGUAGCAAUGAUGCCCAAACUGCUGGGGCAGAGUGCAAUCACAACCCUGUCCAACUCCUUACCAAAAGAUGGUGGUCCCGUACUAUACCGCAUGGCUUGAAGCCUGUACAAUUAGGAUCUCUUGACCCUGAAGGGGCUGUGAUCUUCGGUCACACUGUUCUGGGACUAAGAACUGGAGAGAGAUCGGCACCGAAACAGGCAGAUGAUGACGGUGCUGCAUCGACAACCAGCGGCGAGCAGACCCAACAGGCUUCAACAACUGGCUCAAUCGUGAGUAAGACGACAUCCAUUACUGUCCCGAGCGUUGAAGCUUCCAGCCAAGACGCGGCAACUGUCCAGCAGAGUUUACAUACAAACAAGACAACGAGUCAAGGUAAGAAGAAGAGAUGGCCGAGGUUCAAGGACUGGGUCAAAAGAUGA